UCACGAGUCUUACAAUGGGCCCCUCCGCUGUUGUUCUUCAACAGUCCUCCUGGGAAACGUGGACGGAUGGGCAGAAGAGGCGACCCUGGACCCCCAGGUCCACUCGGUCUGGAUGGCAAACCUGGUAUUCCUGGACCUAAAGGAAGCCAGGGGCUGCCAGGACCAAAAGGAGAUAAGGGUGAUCAAGGAGAUACUGGGCCAAGGAUGGUCUUUCCUCGUUACGAUCACAGCUACAUCUCGGCCGAUCAGCCCAGUUUCCAGAGGCGUAUGCUGAAGGGUGAUCAAGGACAAGCUGGCCCACCUGGACCUCCAGGCCCUCCUGGAGCACCUGGUGCAAGAGGGCCCCCAGGAAACACAGGGAAGGACGGUCCCCGCGGCCCACCAGGAGAAUCGGGUGCUCCUGGACAAGAAGGAAUGGAGGGACAAAAAGGUUUACCAGGAAAACCGGGUGAAGUUGGUGAUCAGGGUUACCCAGGACCACAGGGACCCCCAGGUCAGUGUGCUUGA